AUGUCCAACUUAGCAAAUAUUCCUCCAUCUACUCCUCCAAGACCCUCAAAACAAUUGCUGGUGAUCACUCCACAGACCCCACAAGAUGACUAUCAUAUAACAUCGCCGUUGUCUUCCACUACUGCUACCAACACCACCCCAUUCAGUCCCCCAAUGAAACUCAAGAAGAAUACUUUCUUAUCAGUACCUCCAUCCAUCACCAAAAACACUGCCAAGACCCCGAAGACUCAAAGGAAAGUCUACUCGGGGGUUGGAAGCUUGAUCACCCCCGAUUAUACUCCAAAGUUGAAGAAAAGACAAGAUAUGUAUAAUUCGCUUGUCGCCAGUAUGAAGAGUGAACAAGAAUCUGAGUGCGGCGGUAGUCUCCAGAAGAAACAAAGUAUUUUGGAACAAUUGGAGAGUCAUGCAGAAAGUCAAUACGAAACCGAAGAAGAAGAAGAAGAAGAAGAAGAAGAAGAAAGAUCAAUUGUCGAGCCACAAACUCCUACUGGACCUCGUGAAAUCGCACAGUUACCUACUGAUGAUUUUUUAACCCCCAUUGCUAAAGUGUUGAAAACCCAGACGUCUCUUGGUGAUGACUUUGAAGAAGAUAAUGACCUCAGCAGUCCUUCGAUCCGUAAACAAAAGGGCAGGAGAUCGUUGGGUAUUUUCCAAUCCAGAGAAUUACGUUCGUUCCCACCGGCGGUUAAAACCCAUGAAUACAAAAAAAUCAAUUUCAAUCCUAACGCAGAAAUCUUAUUGAUCAAUAAGAAAGGCGAUCAUAAAGUGAAGAAAUUCGAUACCUCGAACCGAUUUGAUAGAGAUUUCCAGCCAAAGUGGUUACUUGGUAAGCUUUUAUCGGUGGAAAAUGGUGAAGAUAAACUUGAGCAGGUUGAUGAUAAGGCGAAGAAAGAUGAUGAGUUAGUUGCUAGAUUACUCGAAGAAUACGAAGAAGAUGGCAAAAACCAAGAAUGUGAUGAAGAAGAAGAAGAAGAAAAAGAAGAAGAGGAGGAGGAGGAGGAGGAAGAACAAGGAGAGUACAAUGAUAAAGAAGAGUUGAUGAGAUUUGAAAGAUCUUUCUACAGUAGAGAAAGUUUCGUCGUAUGA